AUGAUAUUCUUGAUACAAUUAAUAUUUACCGUAUUUUUUUGUAUGAAGUGUUAUUACGAUCUACUUGAAGUUGACAAAAAAGCAACCCCAGAAGAUAUUAAAAAAAAUUAUAGAAAACUAGCAUUAAAAUGGCAUCCUGAUAAAAAUCCUGACAGACUUCAAGAAUGUACUGAAUAUUUUGCUCUUCUUCAAUCUGCUUAUGAAGUAUUAAGUGAUCCACACGAAAGAGCUUUUUAUGAUAGGCACAAGGAAAGUAUUUUAAGAGGAUAUGAUGAACCACAAGAAAAUAGAACAGGAUUGAAUGUUUAUCAAUAUAUGACAACAUCAUGUUACAAAGGUUAUGACGAUGACAAUCAUGGUUUUUAUACUGUUUAUAGAAACGUUUUUGAAAAAAUUGCUGAAGAAGAAUACAAUUCUAUUGAUGAUUCUAGGGAUUGGAACUAUCCAAAAUUUGGAGAUUCUCUUUCAGAUUAUGAUGAAAUUGUUGAACCAUUUUAUUCUUUUUGGACAGCGUUUUGUACUAAACGUUCGUUUGCUUGGUUAGAUCAAUAUGAUAUAAGACAGGCUGAUAAUAGAUCUGUUGCAAGAGCCAUUGAUAGAGAAAAUAAAAAAUUCCGUGAUGCUGGAAAGAAAAAAAGAAAUGAAGAAAUUAGGGAAUUAGCGUUGUUUGUUAGAAAAAGAGACAAAAGGAUUCUAAAAAGGAAAGAAGAAUUAGAAAUAAAAAGAAGAGAACAAGAGGAGAAACAAAAACAACGACAAAAAGAAAAAAUUAGAGCUAAUCUUGAAGCUGUAAAAAAUUUUAAAGAAAAUGAAGAAUUGGAUAAAUUAUACAAGGAACAAUUAUAUCAACUUGAAAAAGAUAUUGAUAAUGAUUAUGGUGAAGGAAAAUCAGUUGAAGAUUAUGAAGAAGAAACAUUAUAUUGUAUUGCUUGUGAAAAAGAAUUUAAAUCAGUAAAAGCGUUAGAAAAUCAUAAAAAUAGUAAGAAGCAUAAACAGAUUUUAGAAGAAUUAAAAAAACACAUGAAAGAUGAGGACAGAGAUUUAUUUAAUGAUGUUGUACAAAAUACAUUUGAUGAAACAAUGGUUGAUGAGUUUGAGAAAAUAGGUUUUGAUGAAGAAGAAGAAGCAAUAAAAAUUGAAAACAUACCUAAAAAUAAUUCAAAGAAAUCAAAAAAAAAAGAGAGAAAAAAUAAGAAGAAAUGGGAUAUAAAUAAUGACAGUGAUAUAGAGGUUAGUGAUUCUAUAAAACCAGAAGAAUAUUUAGAAAACGAACAAUGUCACAAAAUAGAAAAAGAAGAAAAGGAGAGUGAAGUUAAAGAAAAAGGUAAAAAAUCUAGAAGACGUGAUAAAAACAACUCUGAACAAGAACCACCAAUUGCAACCUCACAACCAAUACCAUCUGCUUGUACUGUUUGUAAACAAAUGUUUGAAUCUAGAACCAAAUUAUUUAAUCAUAUAAAAAUUGAAGGACAUGCCCAAUUAAAAACAAUUGAUACACCAAUAGAAAAAAAAAAGUCAAAAGGAAAGAAGGGAAAAUAA